AUGAACACAAGCCCACACACAACCAUCUUCCACGUCUUUCUAAAAGUCUUCCUUUUAGCCCUCAGAGUGUGGGACAAGUUUCACGGUGUCCCUCAGACCACAUGGCACACCUACACUCGAGUAAACACAUACAAGCACAAACGUGUGCAUAGUCAAACUGGGAAGGUGUACUGCCUUCCUUCGAAGGCCAAGUCAUCAGCAUCAAACACAGUUCAGUUGAUUACAUAUUUGCAGGGAAAGCUUACUUCCGGCCUUCGAUCACGCCGCAAAGACCCUCAGAGCUGUGGGUCCUGCUGGCCUAUUCAUGACGCUACAGAAUCCUUAUGUGAUAAGCAUGCUCUCAGUAAUUUUAUCUCUGCGUCUGAAAACAGGGUAACAAUCAACUUUUCCGUCAACAAGUCUAACAUGCCCACUCUAACAUCCUUGCCAUGCCUUCACUCCUUUGCACUUGGCCCCCCGUCUGGCCAACAUCUUCCAGCCUGUACAUCCAUCUACAGCACUACAGCUUUCCUCAGACUUGGCCAUUUUACUACACACCCUUAA